AUGUGCGAUAUGGAGGAUAGCGGUGUCCUUAGCGGCAGCGGUGGGUCGCCCCCCACUGUGACGGCUGCUGCCAUCGCCGACUGUGAUGACGCCAUGCCUGCACUGCGACAAAGUGUUCUGGCAGAGGUAGGCUCUAGCCCCAAACCGGGCUCCCCGAGCGGCGGUUUCGGCAGCGCUAGCUUGUCAGAGAAGCACUCGCCCUGCAUUCAGGACCCUGGCAGCGGCGGUGAGAAGGGUCACCUGUGGCUGCCAGACUCGCUCUCCAACGUCGCCGAGGAAAUGGCCACGUCCUCACCAGGCACAGCUAGUCGCACGUCUGGCCGACUUCUCUGUCACGAAGACGCCGUUGUGUCUCGGCACAACGCUGACGAAGCCUCAGCAACAUCACUACCCGCCUGCUUGAGCUCGUCGCAGUCCCCGCUGACGCGGACGGAGCGCCUGCCUGCGAGCGAGAGCGAUAACCUUGACACAUGCGACCUGAACAACGCAGGGAACGUCCAUGUCUCCACGCUGCCGCUUCGCUACCGUUGCCUGCAUUCACUCACGAUUGCCUCCACCCCACCGCACUUACGACUGCAGCGCAGUACUUCGCUUCCACCAGUCGGGAGCGAUAGCAGCCACACCCUGGCUGCGCGACUCACCCCCUCGUCUGCUGUCGGUGGCGCAAGGGGUGAUGCAGCAUUUCGCACUCCACAAACUCCGCUCAGUGGGGAUAGCGGAAAGGAGAACAGCAGGGCUGAUAGCACUCAGUCUUCAUCAGCUGCACCGCUGCCGCUGCAGCGCUCUCCUCACUCAAAGGAGGUCGCCCACACUAGGGGAGGCGGUACAUCGCAUGGCGGCGGUAGUGAGCAGCCGCCGACUCGCCAGCUCGACUCUUUUUCAAGCUCUAAACCCUCGAAGUCGCCAGACGACCACGACCCGAAUAUGCCCACUACCGGUGCGUUGGCGAGCAGCGGCGCCGAGGAAGCACAGCUGUCACCACUGCCAUCAUACACUCUGCCGGCAACAGAGGGCACCUGCCAUCAAGAAGUCAUCGUGGCAGACGAGAGCGACAUCCCUGUUGCUGUUGUCGCACACACCAAGAAGCGCAAGAAGAAGAAGAACAAGAAGAAGGCGGCAGCAGCACUCGAGGCUGUUGCGGUCGGGGAAAAGGACUCUGCCAUGUCAGCCGUGAUGGGUGCCUGUGCUACUGGCGGUACUGAUGCAUCAAGCGGGGGCAGCGUUAUGCUGAGUAAUGCCGUUCCCGUGACCGGAUCUUUGCCGCCGCCUCCGCCCAUCCCGAUGAUGCCCGGUGGCUGCUGUGGCGGUGGUGGUGGUGGUGGCAACCCCAGGGGCAUCGUUCCUGGAGGAUUCUUUGAUCCUGGCGGCAGCCAGGGCCAUGGCAACAUUGGCGGCGGUUCGCUGCUAUACAGCAACUUUCCGCCACCUCAGCCACAGCAGCAGCACUUUCACCACAACCUCAACAGGGCACGCGGGCAGUUCAUGGCGAUGGCCGGCUGCACUCAGGGUGGCGCCAGUGGCGAUGGUGCAGGUGACCUGGCCAUGAUGGGCUACUCGAUCAAUGGCGGCGCCGGUGACACUGAGGGCGGCGGCGGCAACUACCCGAGUGCUGGCACGCCUGUUUGUGCGGGCGGCGACGGCGGUCCUUAUGGUCAACGAAGAUCAAUGAUAGGGAUGCCUAUGAUGACCCCCAACUACCACUACCACAGCCGCCAUGACAGCAGUGGGUCUGCUGGUGCGUAUGGCUACUAUCCUAUCGGGAUGAGUGAUUACGGCAGAGGAGGAGCCGGUGGCAUGUCGCCCGGGCAUGCGCAGAUGGGCCAUCAGGGUAUGGGAAGGAAUCUAAAGGAGGGACAGCGACCGCAGCAGCAAGUUCAACAGCAGCAAACGCCUUAUCUCUAUCCACCUCAGUCCAUGUUGAUGGGCGGUGGCGGCGGUGCUGGUAGUAGUCCGUACCAAGGGAGCACCAGUCACAUUCGCCACGAUUCCACUCACCGAAGUGAUGGUGGCAGUGGCCCGCAGUAUUCUUCGCAGCCACAGCAGCAGUAUCAGCAACAGCAGUACUACUAUCAGAGCCUGCACCACAAUUCUAAGCCCUUUUUUCAUGGCGGUGCCUCCUCUACGAGCGGCGCCGAUGCGAAUGCGAUGCAGGGAGGGCUGAUCAUUCCGACAGCUGAGGGGAGCGGUGCUGCUGAGGGCGGUGGUCGCGGCGACUACGCCGGCGGUUCAAUGCAGUACAAUGGGGAGGAUGUCAUGAGUCGAGUGCAGCCACAGGUGCCCCCAGAGGACAUCCUGCCGCCAUCUCAGCAACCCCAGCGCAACGUCAGCUUUCGGCCACCAAUGCCAACAUUGAACUCGUUCGGCAUGUCCUACCAUCCGCCAAGCAGUGCUGCACUGGCAACCGUUGCAGCAGCUGCUGGCGCCCUCAACAAGGGCAGCGGCAGCAACGGUCAUGUAGGUGGUGACAGUCAUGGAGGCUCCUCUGGAGCGAUGAUGGCCAGAGGCAGUGGAGCAGCGCUGAUCGAUGAGGCGAGGCUGCUGCGAGAAGAGGUGAUGGCUGCAGAUAUCGCUGCGGAUGCGGCACCACGGCCGCUUUUACAGUUCACGCCCGAGGUGAGUCCGCGCCUCUGUCGCCUGAUCAAGCGCGAGGUGCUGACGUACUUGACGCCGUCGCUGGCGUGUCUGCAACGCCGCCGCAGUCAACUGGAGAUACUGGCUGGGUACAUCACUGCCGCGCUGCGCCACGCUGGUCGACAGACCGGCCACGAUUAUGGCGACAUCUCUUACUACAUCUUCGGCAGUGUAAACAUGCGCACCCUGCUGCCGGACGGCGACAAUGACGUGACGGUGGAGGUGGACGGCUUGGUGGCGAGGGAGUCGACACUGACGCCUCCCCCUUCUCCCUCGCAGCCGGUAUCGUCAGCCUCGCUCAGCGAUGGCGGCGGUGCCGCCUCCGAUGUCUUCACCAAGCCGAUCAUGCUACCUGUGACCACUGACAGCAGCACUGGUAGUGUUGAGGGAACGAUGCAGCUAACGACAACCACAGACGGCUGCCCGCGCCUUGUGGCACCUGCAGUGCUGAGCAUCGCGUCCGGCGAGGUGCUUGGCCGCGUGCGGGACUAUCUGCGCAGCGCCAAGACGCCCGUCUUUGUGGACUCCUUAGUGAUGGCAGAGGUGCGCGUGCUGAAACUGGCGAUGGAGGGGUGCAACUACGACAUCACGAUUGGGCAGUUUGGCGGUGUGAACUGCGUGCGCUUCUUGCACGAGAUGGAUGCGGUAAUCGGGGACCAGCACGUGCUCAAGCGCACGCUCCUGUUACUCAAGGCAUGGUGCUGCUACGAGGCCCACAUCUUGGGCGGGCAGGCCGGGUACAUCGGCUCCUACGCUGCGACGGUGAUGCUGAUCUCGAUGCUGAAUACAGUAGAAUUCCUCGAGGACCUUGACGUAGGGAAAACUGACAGCAACGGCGACGGCGACGGCGCGGCAGUGGCGGAAGCAAAGACAUCAGCAGCGUUGGAGCCUCUGAUGAGCGGCGACAGCGCUGCGGAGGAGGAGGUGCAGCCUCUGCCGCAGAACCUUGCAUCCUCGUCCACUGGACCGGCGACCGAGGAAACCAAAACCGCCGCCAAGAAGGAGUCCAAUGCGGACCCGGAAGGUGAAAGCUUCCUAAGAGCUACCCCAAUUCAAACGAGCAGCAACCGCGGCGAUUGUUCUCACGAUCGCACCUCUACCGAGCAACCAGGAUCGCCCCCAGCCCACCCUGUGGACUGCAACGCCACUGCCGCUGCUGCUGCGCCGCGUCGCCCUUUGUCGCCACUGACGCUGUUCGCGCGCUUCUUGAAGUUCUAUGCUUAUUUCGACUUUGAGCGGUACUGCGUGACAGCCUUUGGCCCACUGCCGCUACACAAAAUUACCUCAACGCCGCUGGAUCUGAGCUACCUCGAGGUGGACACAGCGCACAGCACACCGCUGAGCGGUGUUGCCGCGUUGAACAGGGCGACAACCGACUUGGACUUUCUCGGGUUGACACCGGAGGGCGAAGCAGCGAUUGGCCACCUUCUGCGCCGUCGUCAGAAUCCGCUGCUCACCGUCAGCGGCGUUAAGCACCUGUUGGACGAAAUGAACCGCUCGCGGCGUGCUGAGCGUCAGGCACGGCACGAAGCACGCCAGCAGCUGGGUGACACUGACACUGCACGCCAUGCAUCGGUGCACUGCAGCAGCAGCACUUCCUCUCCUGUGAAGCUGAACCGCCCCGGGUGCGCCGCUGAGGAUGUCGGCUUAAUGUGCCCAUCGUGCAACACUGCCGUCUUCCCUGUUCGAGACAUGAAUGUGCUGGACCCACUGCGGUGGAGCAGCAACAUGGUUCGUGGGGUGUGUCGCAACCACCUUCAGCGCAUUCGGCGUGCAUUUUUGGAAGGCCUGCGGCUGUUGGAUAUCGCAUCGCAAGAGCUUGCUGGAGACAUGGUGCAGAUGGACGUGGCUAGUGUCAGCGCCUCAGCGAGCGCGAGUUGUACCGCCGGUGCUGCCGGUGCGAGUGCGACGGGGCGCCGGAGAGCCACAACUGCUACCACGAAAACUGCAGCGUCUCCAACGUCGCAGUUGUCUGCCUUCAGUGCCGCAAGCAGCAGCAGCCGCAGCUGGAACGACAGCGCUGCGAACGGCGGCGCAGGCCAAGCACGUGUGCAGCAGGGUUCGAUGAAUGAUGCCCCGAUGUACGGCUCCCCGGUGGGCGCAAUGGAGGCUGGUGGUGGUGGUAGUGGUGGCGAGGUGCAGUUGUGCCCCGGCUACCCUGCACCGCAUUCGCAGUGCACGCGGCGUGAGGCCGGUGUUUUGCAGUUGUUGUUCCCACGCACCAUCGAUGCUAUUCUCAAGCACAGUCACGUGAACUGCCCGUGGAGUCAUGAGGGGGAUAACGCGGCAGCGCUGGCAGCGGUACCGCAGUGCCAGGGUUGCACAAAGCCCUCCCUGCUGUGCACUCCAGCCAUCCGCUGCAUGUGCCAGCCGCAGCUCAUCUUCCACCCCUCCAGCACCAGCGGAGGCGGCAACACUGCUGCCGCUGAGGUGAAGCAGUUAAAGGAACUGCAGCUGGCAAGCGGGAGGGCCGCAUCCUUGCCCAUCUCUACUGCGCCGCAGCGGCAGUCGCCAUCAUCGAUCGUCUCGCCAACGCAGAGCAAACUUUACCAAGGUUCAGGAGGGCGGCGUGGUAACGUGGCGGCGGUGGAACAGGUGGCGAGUGAGCUAGACGAUGCAUUUGCUGGUCAAGACACCAGCGAGGCAGCCCGUCACAAUGGCCCGCUCGGAGAGUCGAUGGUGCCCGUGGCGGAGCAGCCCCUGGCGCGUGACAGUGUGGUAGGUGGCGCGACCGGUUCGCAACCGCCGCCACCGUCGUCAUCCCCGCCCUCUGCGUCGCCGCUUCAGGGCAGUCUUUACGGCCCAGGUGCAGUGGAGGGCAUGUUGCAUCCUCACACACACCAGAUGUACAUCCCCGGCAGAGCGGGCAACAGUGGCGGCUACGUCUCAGCCUACCCGGCGGCGCCGCUUUCACCUACCACGCCCAGGGAAACGUACUACGCCAUGCACGCUGGUGCUGCUGCAGGGGGUGGCGCUGGUGGCACCGGCAGCACCGGUGGUUACAGCCUCUCUUCUGGUCAUCACGGCAGUCGAAACAUGGGGCCGCCGUCACAGCAGCACCAGCAGCACCCUCAUCAAGCGUACGUACGCGUCGGUUCCAUGUUAUCCACGACGAUGCAGGGCAACUGCAACAUGAACAACGGAUGCGCCACCGGCAACUCGAGUCAGCGCGCCUACGCGACUAACCAGACGGCACCAAUGCCGAUGGAGGGGAGUGGGUAUGCGUCCUACGGGGGCCAUAGCUACGCCCCAGUUAUGCGUCAGCAAUACCAGCAGCGCGGCGAGGAUUGCACUGCGCAGCACAGAAGUGGCAAUCACGGCUACAAGGGCGGCGAUAGUGGCCUGCAGAGGACGAAUCACCACAGCAACAACCGCAGCAGUGACAGCAGCGCACAGGCACUGCUGAUACAGCGGUUAUAA